UCAUGCUGCUGCCAAGUCCAGAGUCUCUCAUGGGUCCCUGUACGGCCUCCCAUUGCUGCUGUCUCCAUCGCCACACUCUGCCAUGUGCCACUUUCAGGUCUCCUCACACUGCUGGUGUGUUCCAUUUUUUGUCAUAGGGUGCUGGCAGAUUACGGGCCUCCCAUAGCUGCUGCCAGGCCCCUAAUCUGCCAUGGGCCCCUAUACCGCCUCCUCAUGCUGCUGCCAGGUCCAGAGUCUCUCAUGGGUCCCUGUACGGCCUCCCAUUGCUGCUGUCUCCAUCGCCACACUCUGCCAUGUGCCACUUUCAGGUCUCCUCACACUGCUGGUGUGUUUCAAUUUUUUGAC